AUGGCUCUGCCCCCGAGCUCCCCACGGCUCCCGAGCCCUCCACCUCCCGCCGAGGACCAGAUGGCCCCGAAGUCGCCAGGCCCAGACACGCCCGCGAGCCCCAUGGACCAGGGCAUCGUCGACACGAAUGCAAAGCGGCGCAUCCAUCCAGGCACAAAGUCGGAGGACAUGGCUGCCGGACCGCCACUGGUGCCCCUCAACGAGCUUGACUCGGCCUUCCAGCUCCAAGAGCAUCUGGCCGCCUCUCACUACCAUUACACCAAGUCGAACACGGUCCCCAUGACGCGGCAUACCGCUUCCCAGCUGGCCCAGCCUCCCCCCGGCGUGGACGACACCUUGUGGCUGUACGAGCUCUGUCGCUUCCUGAUCAUGCAGUGCAACAGCCUGAUAGUCGGCUUCCUGUUCGACACGCCGCCAUGCUCGCAGGCGACCUGUCCCGAGAUGCGCGCCUCCGAGUGGCAGUUCCUCUGCGCCGUCCACGACCAGCCCAAGAGCUGCUGCGCCAUUGACUACUGCUGCCACACCCUGGACUGGGCCGCCAACGUCGUGACGAACCCUAAAAUAUUCCCGAGCCGCUUUGUCGUCCUCAACGACGGCCACGACAGGAACGCCGUCCACAAGAACCUCGUCAAUGUCUUCCGCAGGCUGCAUCGCAUCUUUGCCCACGCAUGGUUCCAACAUCGGGGCGUCUUUUGGAGCACCGAGUCCCAGACCGGCCUCUACGUCUUCUUCAAGAGAGUAUGCGACGUCUACGAGCUGCUGCCCGCCGAGAACUACAAGCUUCCGCCCGAGGCUGAGGGUUUGGAGCCCGCCCCAACCGAGAAGGAGGAGAGCCAGCCCAAGAUCACAGCUAUAGCAAAGCCGCCCGCGCGCGAGAACGGCAUCAGCAUCAGCGUUCAUGAGGAGGAUGGCAGUAGCCUGCACGCACGCCGCAGCAACACCGCAAGACACUCCAGCCGUCCAUCUACCGGCAGCGCGGUAACUACAGUAAUCGAGGAGAAAGAAGACGAGAAUUCCGAUAUCAACGAAAGGUUGAGAGCAAUGCGUAUCUCCGCACCACAGACCGUCGAGGAGGAGGAAUCGGAGCUAGAAGUCCCAGUCAUUGUAGAAGGCGUGGACGAGCCAGCACCUUCUCCCCCUGAGCAUCGUGAGGGACCUCAGGGCAUCAGAAUCGAUGUUCAAGAGGAUACUUUGGGGGAUACUGAAUCUGCCGAGGGCGAAACACUCUCAAAGACUGAGUCGCUAGGCGACCAAGGUGUGCCUGCGUUCAACCACGAAGUGACUGAGGUGCCGCCUGAAGUCGAAGAGCAGCCAGAGCCAACCUCGGAGGCACAGAAGCCGGAAGAGCUCGAAACUACAACCACCACAGACUUCGCAACAGACGGCACGGCAGAGCAACCGGAAUCUAGCUCCGGCUCCGACUCUAACAAAACGGUGACGGAUGCCGAAAACGGUCAAGACUCGGAGGUCCUGCCCGAGGCCGAAGAAUCGUAG